GGAUUUGAAUGAUGAAGCCUCGACCACAGUCCGAGACCGCCCAACUACCUCACAUUCCAUUUAGAGUCACGAAUCAGUCACCAUGAAGUUCACUCUGCAGAUUCCAUUAUGCCUUGUUCUUACUGGACUUGGUGUUGCAUCGCGCCUUGAAGCUCGAGACCAGGUUCAAACUGUGCAUCUCACUUUCCAUGGUGGGCCAGCUGAGUACUCGAUGGCUAUUCCAGCCGAUGGGAAACGUUAUCCAACGAACAACAACAUCGCUGUGAAUAUCAUUGAUGCACCUGACUACAAUGCUAUUUCUCAGUGCACCUUCUAUACAGCAGGCGAGAAGGCCCUCGCAAGCGGCAUAACGGACAAAGGUCUACAGCAAGUUAUCGUCGGCCCACCACAACCUAUUACUGCAGUCAGCUGCUACGGCAUAUGUGUUGGCGUCUAUGGAGAUUGUUAUAACUCACAAGGGCAGUAUGUUGGGCCGUGCUGUAAUGGCUUCUGUGCCGCCAAUAAGUGCCGGCCUUGGAUCAGUCCCUUCUAAGCAUGUCACUAUGCGAUGGUAUCAAACUCGAAGAUAUAAUUAUGCCCUGGACUUGGGGUUACAGUGGAUUGUGAUCUGCUUCGGAAAUGACUUCAAUUGAUUGAUUUCGUGCGGUGUCGCCGUCUCAAUUCGACGAAGGCCUUGUAUUUGAUCUUCACUUGGUAAGUCCGUAGGAGAAAAUACUAGGGUCAGUUGACGGGACCUUUUUCCAUUCCUGAGACUAUGUCUUGUCAGAGGUAGCAAUUACAUUCUGACAUGAGAAUUUCCAUAGCUUCAAAUAUAUUCAUUUCUCUUCCUCUAA